CUUGAGUAAGGAGAAUCUUUAUUUCUGACACAGUGGAUUAGUAUAUAGUAGCAGUGGUGAGUGGGAUCAGUAGAAAUCAAAACCAGACAUACAAUACAUAUGUAUAUAUAUAUAUGCAUAUGCAUAUAUAUAUGUAUUGCCUUUAUUCAGCCAUUUUUUAUAUUCAAAAGUUUAGAGUUCUUUGGCUUCAUUCUUUUAUCAGUUGCCUUGCUUUUUUGCUGAGCCAGAGAAAUGUUUGAGUGAUAAAGCUAUGAAUGAACGUUUCUUGGACCAUCUGAAAUAUGCUGCCUGAAGGGAUUUAAUCAAGAUUCUCAGAGGGUUUGAUUCAGAAUUCUUCUCUUCAUUUCUUACUUGAAGCUUCUAUAUUUUCGACUUAGCUCAUCGGAUACAAUUUCCCUCUUCAAGUCUUCAUUAAUUUGAUGCAUAUAGGUUGGUAAUAUGACUUCUCCGACAACUCAGUUUGCACCUCCAAGCAGGAUGAGUAUGUAUGAACCUCUCCACCAAAUGCCCCUGUGGGACAAUGCUUUUGAUGGCAACAUCAGCUCCGGAACAGGCGUCUGUGUAAUGACAGAGAUGGACACAAAGGUUGAUGAUAAGAUUGAGUACACUUCUGACAAAUCGCUCGAGCACACGGAAGAUACUCGAGCAUCAAAGAGUGUUUCCGAGAAGAUACAACGUCGUUUGGAGCAAAACCGCGAGGCUGCGAGGAAGAGCCGUUUAAGGAAGAAGGCUUACGUGCAGCAGCUGGAGACGAGCCGUUUGAAGCUGGCACAGCUCGAGCUCGAACUAGAGAGGGCUAGACAACAGGGAUUGCUCAUCUCCGGCGCAUCAUCCUCCACUAUAGGACUAUGCGGCGGCACAGUGAACUCAGGAAUAGCUGCAUUUGAGAUGGAAUACAGUCACUGGAUCGAAGAGCAAGAGCGAAAUAUAUCCAACCUGAGGACUGUCCUGCAGUCUCCUAUUGGCGAUGCAGAGCUCCAAAGAGUAGUAGAGAAUAUACUAAACCACUACUGCAACCUCUUCCGGAUGAAGAGAGAUGCUGCGAGGGCAGAUGCAUUCUACUUAGUCUCCGGCAUGUGGAAGACCUCGCUCGAGCGCUUUUUCCUCUGGAUUGGAGGUUUCAAACCGUCCGAGCUCAUCGGCGUGGUAAUGCCGCAGCUCGAGCCGCUAACAGACGAGCAAAAUGUGAACAUAUUCAACCUAAGGCAUUCCUGUAUGCAAGCGGAGGAUGCUCUCACACAAGGCAUGGAAAAGCUUCAGCAGACUCUGGCGCAGAGCAUAACAUUUCUCGUCGUCGGAGCCGGAAAUUGCAACGCGCAGACGGCGGCAGCUCUUGAGAAGCUCGAAUCCCUCGAAGGCUUCAUUCACCAGGCCGAUCAUCUCCGGGAGCAAACUCUGCAGCAGAUGUCGCGGAUACUCACCACGCGCCAAGCGGCCAAGGGACUGCUCGCAUUUGGAGAGUACUUCGCUCGGCUGCGUGCUCUUAGCUCGCUCUGGACCGGUCGGUGUCCGCGCGAACCCGGUUAAUCUGUGCUGGGCGAGAACCGGUUUUAUUUCUAUACGUUGUAUAUGAAAUAAUCAUAAUUUUGCUUAAAACAUUAUUAUUAUUAUUAUUAUUAUUAUUAGUGAGGUAUCAUUUUCAGCUGCAAUAUUAAGGACUAUUGAAUGUGUGUA